UCUGCUGUGCACAGUGCUCAAGACUGCCUGUGUCAAGUCAAAGUAUAUGAGCAGAGGAUUGCUGCUGGGAGAGACAGAUAGACUGGACAGUCAUAUUAGAGGAAGAGACUACUACGGACACACAUAAACACACAAACACAGAGAGAGAGUUCGAGAGAAGAGAGUCGCACAGAACUUCUGAGUUCACUGCCAGCAAUGUUUGUGGAGUAGUUGGAUUCUCUUCUUUUUUUGAAUGGACUUUUGAAUGGGCUCUUUUUGUUGUAUGGGCUCUGACUGAAGUUGGUUCAAAGAAAUGGAGAACACGGUUCUUGCCAAAGCUCUCUACGACAACACGGCGGAAUGCUCCGAUGAGCUGGCCUUCCGGAAGGGUGACAUCCUGACGGUGAUGGAGCAGAACGUGCCGGGCAGCGUGGGAUGGUGGAACUGCUCCCUCCACGGCCGCCAGGGCCUGGCCCCAGCCAACCGGCUCCUCCUGCUCACCCCAUCCCAGGUGGAGGCCCUCUACCCAGACAAGCCGUGCGCCGGCUCCGCAUCGGGCUCCUCCCCGGGCAGGUCGAUGGCGGUCACCCAGAAUAUCUACCAGAUCCCCACGGUGCCCAGACAGCAGUGCAGCCCCAGCCCGGCGUACGAGUGCAUGGAGCGCAUCUAUGAGGUGCCCUCCUCAGCCUCCUCCUCCUCCUCCUGCAUCCCCUCUGCUACUCUGCCUGCCCGCUGGAGCCCUGUGCCUGGGACACCCUCCAAGGACAGAAGCGCUGCACCAAGUCCCACAGCGGAUGUCUAUGAUGUCCCAAGCCUAGUGCGCAAAGCGUCUCUUUGCACUAUGCAGGCUCCAAGGCCACUGAUUCGUAAAUCGUCCCUGGCGUCCAUGUCCGAGCUGGAGAAACGCUAUGAGGUCAUGGGAUGCAAGCUGGCCAAGAGCUCUUGCCCAAAUAAUGUUUAUGCAGUGCCGCCCUCCGUCUCCCCUGAGCCCAGUUACGACAUCCCUGUGCCCUCCACUGCAGAUCCCCAACACAGGCUGGCAUGUGGCUACAGCACUCUGCCCAGUCCCAGGAAAUCAGACUGGAUCUACGACGUGCCCAUGCCAUCCGAGAAACCAGGUAUCGAGAAACCAGGGUACAGCUAUGGCACGAUGCCAGCCAAAGGCCUGAGCGCCGCCAGUGCUGGGAAGCCAUUUUAUGACACUUUACCCGCCCACGUUUGGUCUCCCAGGACUAGCCUCGGUGCAGACAUGUCCAACUACGACAUCCCCAAGCCCAGUCCUAACGCCCAGCAGAGACUGGCAGGUAGCAGCGGCACGACAGGCAUCUAUGACAUCCCCCCCGGACAAAAGCAACCAGAGGUGCCCGAUAGCACCUCCACAGCACCCCAAGACGCCUUGGUGUCUCGUAGCACUGCAGCUUCCCAGAAGUCGGCAAGCGACGUCAGCACGUCGACCAGAGGCCACGUGCCGCUUGAGUGCCGUGCCAGCUGCGGCCCCACGUACGACCACCCCCGAGGACGUCAGCCGCGCGGGCGCCUGGGCCUCAUGUCCCUGCUGGAGGAGGACGGCUGUGGGGAGCAGCAGAGGCCCUGCGGAGGCCGCUCCCCCCGCUCCUCCGUCACGGGCGGCAGCCAACGCAUCAGUACGGCCUCCACCUCCUCCACGGUCUCCAGCUCCUCCACCAGCUCCUGCGACUCGCUGGUGCUGCUCAGCUCCUCGUCCCCGGAGCUGCUGCGCGAGGUGACGCUGCCCCAGGAGGAGGCGUGCCGGCGGCUGGUGGAGCUCCAGGGGGAGGUGUGCCAGGCCGUGCCCCGCCUCAUGGUCUUCGUGAGCAGCCGCUGGAGGUGCCGUGCGCACCUGGAGGAGCACCUGGCCGCCAUCCGCGCCGCCGCCGAGGACAUCGGCGCGUCCACCACGCGCUUCCUCAACUUCGCGCUGGACGUGCGGGGCAACGCGCGGCGCCUGACGGACUCCAACCUGCAGGCGCGCCUGCUCAAGCAGCUCUCCAUCGUGGAGGACUCGGGGCUCAUUCUGCAGCAGACCGUGGACAGCCUGGAGAGGACAGGCUGGUCGCUGGACGCGCUGGCACAGGACCCGGGGCAGACGCACACUCCGGACCAGCUGGAGAGGUUCGUCAUGGUGGCGCGCACGGUGCCCGAGGACAUCAAGCGGCUGGUGUCCAUACUGAACGCCAAUGGGAAGCUUCUGUUUCGGCUGGCCGCACAGCAGAAGGAGCCCGAGCCAGAGUCGCCAAAGCAGAGCACACCGCCACCGCCACCACCGCCAGAUCUGAAGAAAAGGGACGGGGCCAAGAGGGAGCAGGUGGCAGAGCCAGAGGAGGACGACAACGAUUAUGUGCAACUACACACAAAGGAAGAAAUUGAAGAGCAGCAAAGGAGCAUCCAGGACAACAGAAGAUCCAAGGAAAGCCCAAGCACUCCCAAAACUCAGGGAAGUCCUCCAUCUUUGAACUCCCCGAAGGUGAGCGAAAAGGAACCUCCCUCGCCCCCUAAGGGCCCCAAGCCGACCCUCAAGCAGCCCCAGCAGAAGUCGGCUCUGUCGGAGCACUGCCGCCUGUACUUCGGCGCCCUGCAGCGAGCCAUCAACGAGUUUGUGAGCAGCAUCCUGGACGGCCAGCCACCCGAGACCUUCAUCUCCCACAGCAAGCUGGUGAUCAUGGUGGGCCAGAGGCUGGUCAACGCGCUCUGCAACGAGGCCAACCAGGGCACCAACGCUGCCUCCACCCCUGGCACCACCACCACCACCACCACUUCCACCACCACCACAACAAACACUGCAAGCAGUGGCAACAGUAGUAGUGGCAGCGGCGGUGGUGGUGGCAGCAGUAGCAGGAGUGACCUGCUGCACAGGAGCAAUCACCUGUGUGCCCUCCUGAAGCAGCUGGCCGUGGCCACCAAGAAGGCCGCACUGCACUUCCCCGACCAGCUAGCGCUGCAGGAGGCCCAGAAGUUUGCCAAGGAGUUGGCCCAACGGGCACAGCACUUCAGGCACUCGCUGGAGGUCUGAUACCAUGCUUGUAUAGUAUCAGUGCUUGAAGUGGGAAAAAAAGAGGUGCAGGAACCCUAAUUGUCCGAAAAUACCAUCCAAAAAGAAGUGCAGGAGGGAACCCUGAUUUUACGACAGUCUCAUCAUUAGCAAAUGAGUACAACACGUUUUUGUAGGCAUAUUGCCAACAUGCAUUUUGAAAAACUUGUUUUGAACUUAUAAAAUAUGGCGCACGAGAAGUUCUGCCGGAACGCUGAUGAUGAAUAUUAUGAGGAAGGGGAACUGGGUUCCCCUGAGCUCCGCCCCACUUCAAGCACUGUAUAGUAUCAUAGCCUAACCCAUCACCAUUGACCACCAUACAUACCUACAUGGUAUAAUGAUGAUGGACAGCACCGUGACACUUUGAAGUACACUGAAAACAAUGCGUUAUAGAUACAUUUUUGUACAAAGGUUAUUGGUUGACAUAUUUGUUUUUACACCAUGACGCAAUAGAUGUGCGAUGAAAAAUACAUUUGAUAUGUUGGUGGUGCACAAUUGCAACUGUCUUCAAACUUUUUUGUAUCUUUUCAGUGUACGGAUCAACUCAACUUGCGUUAGUAGAACUGAAUUUGUCUAUUUUCAGCCCUCAUUUGAACAGUAGCUAGCACUGAAGCAGACAUACGGCUAAGUGAGGAGCAUGCAGGGCAUCAUGCUGAGUUUCAUACAGGCCAACUGUCAUUUGUUUAUGAGUCCCAAUAGACUGACAGCUGUUGCUCCUUAGUUUGCAUGUCCAGGACAUGAGAGAAGUGUGCCGGUUUUGGUCAAUAGACUGAUUAUCCAUAUCUGUUGAAUAAUAUACUUUUUAAAAAAUGUUGUGGAAUAUGGAGUGUUUAAAUGGUCUAUAAACUAAUUUCACCCAGUGUGCGAAGAGAUUGAAAAAGUCCCAAUAGUUUUUAAUGGAACUAAUAUUAUUAUUAAUAUUAACUUGUAAGAAGUAUAAUAUGAAGCCUUAAUAUUUUUUUACUUCAUCAUAGCUUUUAUUUGGUUACUGUUAACAGGAAUAACAAAAUUCGAAGAUAACGAAGAUUCAGUUGCUGCCCUUAUUUCACUGUAAUAGAAUGGUUUCCAAUUGCAUAUAGAGACAUUCCAUCCAAAUUUUAAUCAGUAGGCUAUCAAAGUGUCUAUUUUAGGGAAAACUGUUUUUCUCAACACUGUCAUCAUGUCAAUAAACGAUAACCGUGAUGUGAGGGGAAAAAAACCCUAAAGAGCAAUAAAUACACACAGAUUGCCUAACAGAGUUUAUGAGAAGCCUAGCUUAUCUGGCAGUCACUUCUCUGACAUUUCCUUCCUAUAGUAUCAGUGAAGGCCCUCAACAAAUUUUUGCACUUUUGUUUUUGAGCUACAUCUUGAGGAAAAUUUAGGAACAAUGUGCCCAUACUGUUGAAAAAUGCUAGUUUGAUUUGUUUUGUAUUGAUGAAGGUGUGGUGUAUAUGUUUGAAGAGGUGAGCUUGUGUGGCUUAUUUUAUAUGUAUAAUGUGUACAUAUUCAUAUACGGUUGGGCUAUCUCUUUCAUGGAGAGGCAUAGGUAUCUUAUUCAUUAUCAAUAUACGUAAAGCAUACUUACUUUAUUCGUCCUUUCGUAUUGUUUAUUUAGUUUAUUGUGUUUGCUCUUUUUGUCCUUCAUUUUGUCUUUCUUACAUCCUACUGUAACAUUUUUAAU